AUGAGUAAUAAUAGUAAUAAUAUUAAAACUAUAAGAUUGUUGUUUCAAGAAUGGCAAGGUGGUAAUAAUAAAUUAUAUUAUUUUGGGUCAAAACUUUUAGAAUGGUUAUCUCCUGAAAGCGACUCUCAAUUAUUUCAGGUACCUGUCAAAGAUCCAUCCGCUUAUAAUGAUAAGGAACCUAGCUUGGAGAAUGGUAUCGUUUAUCGUUCAGAAAUAAUCAAACACAUUCAAGAAGUACUAAAAAUAUUAGAAAGAGAGAAUCCUGAUAAAGUUGUAACUUUUGGUGGCGAUUGUUCAGUUAGUCAAGUGCCAUUUGAUUGGUUAAAUGGAAAAUACGAAAAUAAAGUUGGCAUAUUAUGGAUUGAUGCUCACCCAGAUAUUAAAACAACAAAUGAUUAUUAUCAUUCGCAUGCAAUGGUAUUGGGUAACCUUUUGGGGGAGGGUGAUAAAGAACUAUCAUCUCUAGUAAAAAACAAAUUUAAACCAAAUAAAGUUAUGUAUGCAGGGUUAGUAGAGCAAGGAUUAACAGAUCAGGAGAAGGAGGUAAUUGAUAGAUUACAAUUAAGAAUUGCAUCACCCGAAUCACUCGUUAGCAAUAGUAAUCUAAUUUUCAAUUGGAUUAAAGAAGAAAACAUUAGCCAUAUAGCAAUUCAUUUAGAUUUGGAUGUAUUAAACCCCGAUUUAUUUAGAAGCCUAUUAUUUGCUGAUCCAAACCCUGUUAUUAAUUGGAGAGAAAUCGCUCCAUAUGGCAAAAUGACCCUUUCUCAAAUUUCAAGAAUCAUUAAUGAUGUAUCAUCGGUUUCCAAUGUUGUAGGUCUUUCAAUAUGCGAACAUCUUCCAUAUGACGCAUGGAAUCUUAAACAAAUGUUAUCUAGUUUUCCAAUUUUAAACGGAAAAUAA